AUGAGGUGGGGCGCGACAGAGAGACACUCGCUCUGAUCUAUACAGAUAUCGAAAGAAGACGGUGAAAAUAGCCUGGAUUUAAAUAAGUCAAAUAUCGCUCUUCUAUUAGUUGAUGAUAAAAGGAAUAAUUCUGUUGGAUCUAUUAUUUGUUGGCUAUGGCAUUGGAAGGAUUCCUUCAACCUAAAUUCUUAAAAUGGCGUUUGUGCUGUGGACUGCGGUGGCAAGUACUUAUUUUCCUCCUGUAUUUCAGUCAUAUUGUGAGUGGUCAAAUCCGGUAUUCCAUUCCCGAGGAGAUGAAGACAGGUUCUCUUAUCGGUAACGUAGCUCAAGACCUGGGGUUAGAUCUGAAAAGGCUCCGAGCGGGAGGCUGCCGAGCGGGUCGGGCCCGUAUCGUGACAGGAGAAAGCAUUCAGUACACAGAGCUGAAGACAGACAAAGGGAUUCUAGUCGUGAGUCAGAGAAUAGACCGAGAACAGAUUUGUGGUGAUAUCACACCGUGUAGCUUCAGCUUCGAAAURAUUCUAGAACAUCCAAUGGAGCUUCAUCACGUUACUAUAGAAAUCCUGGACAUUAACGAUAAUUCUCCAAUAUUUAAGAAAAAUAAUAUAAAUUUAGAAAUCAGUGAAUCCGCUGUUAUUGAUGCGCGUUUUGCGUUGGCCAGUGCAGAGGACUCUGAUGUAGGAUCUAAUGGCCUACAGGAGUAUGUUUUAAGUUCAAACGAUAAUUUCAUUCUAAAACAACAUCCAAAUGCUGAUGGAAGAAAAUAUGCAGAGAUGGUCCUCCAGCAACCGUUAGAUAGAGAAAAGCAUCCUCGUCUCUCUUUAAAGCUAAGCGCUGUAGACGGUGGAAAUCCGCAGAGAUCUGGCACAGUAAAUAUAGAGAUCACUGUCCUCGAUGCCAAUGACAAUGCGCCCGUGUUUAAACAGUCAGUGUACAUGGCUACUGUGAUGGAAAACGCACCGAAAGCCACAUAUAUUACCACCGUAAAUGCCAGUGAUGCAGACAGCGGGACGAAUAGUUUUAUUGUAUACUCUAUUUCAGACAUGAAUGGUGGUCUUGCUGAUGUGUUGACUAUCAAUGAAACCACAGGCACUAUAUCCGUUUCAGGGUUGAUUGAUUACGAAAAAGAGAAAAAGUUUGAACUGAGAAUAGAAGCAAAGGACCAGGGAGGCUUAACCGAUUCGAGUAAAGUUAUUGUUGAGGUCAUUGACAAAAACGAUAAUGAGCCUGUUAUAAGCGUCAUGUCAUUCACGAGUCCGAUUUCUGAAGACUCUCCUCCCGGUACAACCAUCGGUAUCAUCAACGUUAAAGACAUUGAUUCAGGUGAAAACGGACAUGUGAGCUGUAGCCUAGACCAAAACAUCCCAUUUAAGAUCAAAUCUAAUUUAAGAAAUUACUACACCUUGGUAACCGAUGCUAUUUUAGACCGCGAGAGCGUGUCAGAACAUAACAUAACUGUAGUCUCCACGGACGCAGGGUCGCCUCCUCUCUCAAGUAAGAGAACCUUUCACCUGAAGGUGUCCGACGUCAACGACAACGCCCCAGUGUUUCCACGGCGCGUGUACAACUCUUAUAUCGCAGAGAAUAACUCUCCAGGCGUCUCUAUAUUUACUGUUAGAGCUAAAGACACCGACUCCAAUCAAAAUUCCCGUAUUUACUACAUUCUGGAGGAUACUGACGUCAACGGGGCUCCUGUGGCUGCUUAUGUUUCGGUAAAUGCAGAGAGUGGGGUUAUACACGCGGUACGCUCCUUUGAUUACGAACAAAUCAAACAGCUUACACUCGUGGUUAAGGCGCAAGAUGGAGGCUCUCCUCCUCUCAGUAGCAAUGUGACUGUGAAAUUAAUGAUCCAGGACCAGAAUGACAACGCGCCUCAGGUUCUGUACCCAGUCCAGACUAGCAGCUCUCUGGUGGCUGAAAUGGUGCCUCGUUCAAGUGAACAGAACAUCCUGGAUGAACCAGACUCCCCACUAGAGGAUCUGGUAUAA